AUGCCUUCUUAUAUUAUCACAUGCAAGCCAGACGCAACCGACGACCAGGUUCAGGCCGUCAAGGAUAAGGCCACAGAACAAGGUGGCUCUAUCGGACACGAGUAUUCGUUGAUCAAGGGCUUUUCUGUUACUUUCCCCGAGGACUCGGUUCAUAGCCUGGACUCACACCCACAUGUCGAGAACGUCGAGGCCGACGGUGAAGUGAAGACACAGUAA